GAUCAGUGAGCUCCCAGCUGGCUUAGCUAGAACCCUCUAAUGGACAUACAUCCAAAGCAAAACAGCCGAAAAGCAAUGGCGGCCAUUGACUGAGAAAUUGAUAAUUUCAAUUUGGAAAACUUUGGAAACAUGUGAUCUACGUGCUUCGAUAAAAAAAAAACGAUUAGAGGUUUUAAUAAGAAGUCUUAAGACAUAAGCAUGUUAUUAAAAAAAAUUUUGAAGCAACGCGUUGACCUAUGCGUUGAUCACUGGUACACGGAUUUAACCAAUUGUAUUCAGCUAUAUCCUAUAUCAAUUAUUACAUUUUUGCAUCAAAUAAAUGCAAGCGUAUUAUAUAAAAUUUGAGAAAUAGAGUUGAAAAGGUGUGGCCAGAGGGUGGGGGACUGGUAUUGCUUGCAAAUCUAGAAAUGGCACGCAGUAUUUGCAGGCAAUGGCGAACAAACGAAUGGAUCAGCAUCUAAGUCGGUCAAGCAUUGAGUGGUGGUUGCUGGCAGAUGAAGUAGAAAGGAAACACGACAGGCAGGAAGGAGCAAACUAAACGAGCGCGUCUAAGUAAUGAGCGAGACUCGGCAUCAUCUUCGCUCGGUUUCGGACUUAUACGCAGCCGACGAAAUAGAGGUGCUUCUUUUGGAAGAAAUUCGUGACUUGGAACCGCCACCCUCUGCAUAUUCUAAACCUGAGGAUAUUCAAGACUUCGAAAUCGCAGGUAGUAGAACAGGGGGGCGAAUUAGCUCCCAAUCAUCGGAACUGGAUUCACCAGGAAUCCAUACCACAUUCCAUUCCUGGGACUCGCACGCAAACUAUCAUGAUCAUUAUGGCCAUAAUGACCAUAGGCAUGGCCCUUCCUCAAAUACACUGCCAUGGCCACGAACUAGUCAUUUGGUUUUUUACUGCGACAUACAGGGUCAUCUUAAAACAGCUACUGGCGCUGUUCGACUCCUAUUACUUAUAUCAUCCGCAGCUUGUUUGGUUACUUUAUGCAGUUCUGGUACUGCCAAAGUCAGUCUUUUUAUGCUGCCUCUGCCCGGACGUUUGAGAUUCAUGAUAUUUGUCGCUGUUCUCUGUUUCUUGAUAACUGCAUUACUUCUUUUUCUUGAUAUUUCGCACGUUAUUUAUGUAUUUCCUUUCAAUUGGUCUAGGCUGAAUACAUGGGUAUUCACUGGUAUAGGCUUAUCUUACUCAUUAAGCAGUGCGCUAUUGGCAUAUUCCAUAUGGGAAUACCAUAGCGGAGGUUGGGUACCGCGACGCACACGUUCCCAAUUAUCUGCCGCUGCAGCACUUGGUCUCUCGUGUGCUGUUUUAGCAUUUGUACUUUCUCUAAUACAAAGUCGCAGUGGGUCAAAUUAUGAGACUCAGGAUAUUCACAAUCACACACCAGCGCCACUUUACAAGCCCGUUGACAACUCCUCCUCUUCUGGGCAUGCGUUCAACGCGUUUACGUAUAACGCGGGGAAAAUUAAGUAAAUGUAAACGAUGAUCGUUAGACCUAUUUCUCAAACGCGACUCAAGGAACGAGAUCUGGGUUACCCUUUGACUGACUGACCAUAUGUUACUGCAUGAUUAACUUCACGAAAAGCACUGCUGCCACUGGUUGUUAUAAUAAAACCCUCGUACAUAUUUAAUAUAACGGUCGUUCCUACGUUCGUUCUACGUGCUGUGAAUACUUCUCCACUUUUUGAUUGAAUUUAGAAUAGAAAUAAUAUAAUUAAUAUUUAUUGAUCGACGAUCUAUGUUAUACAUUGAUUAUAUUCAAAUAUUAUAUUGUUGUUUUUAAAUGUGUAUUAUUUAGUUAUUUAUUGUGCACAAUGUCGACUAAAUUCUACGUUUACACACACGUAAAUCGAACGUUAUGUAGUUUUCGAACCCACCAAAGUAAACUAAACGCUGUCCAUGUAACACGAACACACACGAAUACACACACACACAUAUAUACAAAUAUUUACAUAAUACACAUGAUAUAUCAAUCAUCAUCGCGUAUUCAUUUCUCGAUUAAAAUCGCAGAAAGAGCGUUAGUUACUAUAUUAUUAAACUAAUUGUAUUAUUUUUCAACGAUGUAUCAGUGUAGAAUGAAUUUAAAUUCUGCAAAGAACAAAUUUGCAGUAAUAUCAGAAAAAUACAGUUAUAGAAGUAAUAAAACAAUUAGAUGAUGGAAAAAAAAAAAACUUCAAAGGAUGUUGUUGUUGUUGCUUCAUUUCUUCACGCCCAAGCAUUGUGUAUGAAUGAUUAGAAACGUGAUUCGAAAAACAUGAUUUAAUGAAAAUUAUUAAUUAUUUAUUCACAACCGAUACAAAAGAGUUACAUAUUUGCACCUGU